AUGACUUGUCCAUUCUACUUCAAUAUGAACACGUUGUUGUGCAUCUUGGUUUUAGUGAUAGGCUUUCGUCAUGGGUCAGCCCAGUUCGAGACUCCUACCCUAGCACCAGAUUUAUUGACACCGAUGAAUGCUAUGGAUGCAAAUGUCACCAAUACUGAAGUUGAAUCGCGUUUUAUGUCCAUACUGGAAGAGUUCUUACGAAAUAACACGAAUGCUUCAUCAUAUCGAGAUGCCCUUGAAAACCUUUUUAAUAGUACGUUCAAUAAUGAGACCGCAGCCAAGGUUACCGAAACAGUCUUAAAGCUUUUCCAAGAUGCUGAAAGAACGAUUAAUGUCAUAACUAACAAUGGAGAACCCGUUGAGAGCACCGUUAAAGGAGUUAUGCAGAAUAUCACAGAGGGAGCUAAUGACAUGGUACAGCAGCUUUUAAACGCCAGGACGUUUGAGGAAGUAGUGGCUCAGGCCUCAGAAAUCGGACAGGACUUCGCUAGAACUAUAAUUUAUAAUAUUAUAGCACCAACCGUAGGAAUUAGGGGAAGUGGUAACAAUGCGAUGUUAAGGCUGUUAGGAAGUAACCAGUCAUUUGGUGGAUAAGCGAAGGUUCCAGGGCAUCUUCAGGAGCUGUAGUUAGCGGAGACACCAGCUCUGCAGCUGCUUCAAGAUUAUCUUGAAACAUUUUAAUAAUAAAAUUUAUAUUCAUCCGAAUAAAAGGAAUUCUUAAUUCAUUAUGUGAUUUGAGAUUCGCAAAAUAUAAAUAAAAACAUUAAAAUUACUCAAUUAAAGUGUCUUCAAAGGUUGACUAAGAAUGAGAAAUCUUAUUUUGCUGUAGACAAGACCUUUAAUAAAGAUCAGCUUAUUUUCAGCAAUUA